GCGGAUGUCGCUCCGACAACAAACAAAAGAUCGGGGCUAGCUGAGCUCAUUAUACUUUUGUCGAUCCGUCUACGCUAUCGUUAGUUCUUACUUUGCUCCCAACGACGAUCUGCGCUUCUGUCUUUUAAUUACUUUCUUCAGGUCCUGCACGGCAGGCAGUCUCCUUCUAGUGUCUAUAUUUGUGGCUUUGUGUCAGCUAAUGUCUACCUGAGCCAUUUCAGCAAACAGCUUUGCCUUUGCUGGCCAAGCUAAAAACGCGUUAGCCAGGUUAGCUCCUCGGCUAACCAGCUCUGGCUGGUUCUCUACGACCAGCGAAGCCAGUUAGCUGCUUCGCCUGCUAGCUAGCUUUGCUAAACCUCCCUUUAAAACUUGACACUGACUGACUCAAGUGGCUCUGGCUUGUUGCUGACAAGCCAAUUUAUUAAAACUCGUGUCGUAGCCAUGUCUGGACAGUCAUCGGGCUGUGGGUUUCUAAUGUCGGUUGUUGUCCACGGAGACUCGGCUUUGAACGAGCAGGAAAAGGAGCUCAACCAACGGCUCCGACGGCUCUAUCCAGCCGUUAAUGAAAGCGAGACUGCGCUCCCUCGGUCCUGGAGCCCGAAGGACAAGUUCAGCUACAUUGGGCUUUCUCAGAACAAUCUCCGUGUGCACUAUAAAGGUCACGGCAAAACCCCUAAAGAUGCAGCGUCUGUACGGGCCACCCACCCCAUCCCAGCAGCCUGCGGGGUCUACUACUUCGAGGUGAAGAUCAUCAGCAAAGGCCGAGAUGGGUACAUGGGCAUCGGCCUCUCAGCUCAGGGUGUAAACAUGAACAGACUCCCCGGUUGGGACAAGCACUCAUACGGUUACCACGGAGAUGACGGCCACUCCUUCUGCUCGUCUGGCACCGGGCAACCCUACGGACCCACGUUUACAACGGGUGACGUGAUUGGCUGCUGUGUUAACCUCAUCAAUAACACCUGCUUCUACACGAAGAAUGGCCACAGCCUAGGCAUUGCCUUCACAGACCUACCACCUAACUUGUACCCGACCGUGGGCCUUCAGACUCCAGGGGAGGUGGUAGACGCAAACUUCGGCCAGCACCCCUUUGUGUUCGACAUCGAGGACUACAUGCGUGAGUGGAGGACAAAGAUCCAGGCCCAGAUCGACCGCUGCCCCAUCGGAGAGCGCGAGGGCGAGUGGCAGUCCAUGAUCCAGAAGAUGGUGGCUUCCUACCUGGUGCACCACAGCUAUUGUGCCACGGCCGAAGCCUUCGCCAAAUCCACAGACCAGGCCGUGCACGAGGAGCUGGCCUCCAUCAAAAACCGACAGAAGAUCCAGAAGCUGGUGCUGUCGGGUAGAAUGGGCGAGGCCAUCGAGACCACCCAGCAGCUCUACCCCAACCUCCUGGAGAGGAACCCAGACCUUCUCUUCAUGCUCAAGGUGAGACAGUUCAUAGAGAUGGUGAACGGGACGGACAGCGAGGUGAGGUGUCUGGGAGGUCGCAGCCCAAAGUCUCAGGACAGUUACACCGGCUCCCCCCGGACCUUCAGCAGCCCCAGCCACAAAGCCAGCAGCUCCCAGCCCUACCUCCCAGGGACCGACAGCAACUGCUGUAAUGGCGUGACGACCAAUAAGAGCCACAGCUCCUCCCCUCACAGUCACAAGCCCUGCCCCCCCGGCUCUGGCUCCACCCCCCCAGCGUCUGACGUCAGCCUCAACGGGAGCCGCAGCCAACAGCCCAUAACCAGGAAAUUUGCAUCAUCUUACUAUCUCCUCGUGUCCUGCCUCCGUAGCGAUGUGGAUAUGGAGGUGGACCACUUCACCAACGGAGUGACAGAGUCGUCCUCCAAUGGUUUCCUCAACGGCAGCUCCAAACACGCCACCGAGCCCGAAGACUGUGACGCAGACAUGGAGGUGGAGUCCGCUCAGUCCAAGCGGCAGCUGUGCGGCGGGAGCCAGGCGGCCAUCGAGAGAAUGAUCCACUUCGGCAGGGAGCUCCAGAGCAUGAGCGAACACCUGCGCCGCGAGUGUGGCAAGAACUCCGCCAACAAGAAGAUGCUCAAGGAUGCGUUCAGCCUGCUGGCCUACUCGGACCCCUGGAGCAGCCCAGUCGGCUACCAACUGGACGCCAUUCAGAGAGAGCCCGUCUGCUCCACUCUCAACAGUGCAAUAUUAGAGACUCACAACCUGCCCAAGCAGCCCCCCCUGGCCCAGGCCGUGGGUCAGGCCGCCCAGUGCCUCUCCAUCAUGGCACGAACAGGCAGCGGCUCAUGCGCCUUCGCCUCUGUGGACGAUUACCUGCACUAGCCCUGUGUACACAUAUAACACACACACACACACACACACACACACACACACA